ACAGUGAAGCAUAGCUUAUAAGAAAUCCGAAAACCCUAAACCCUAAUUCAUUUCCAAUAUCAUUUCCUGAACUCACUCCAUUCGCAACGAUGGCGACCCAGAUCUUCUCCCGGGUCAUUCCCAAAACCCAAACCCUAGCUUCCUUCUUCUCUCGCUCACUCUCCACCACUACCACAAUCACCGUCCCCUCUUCAUCCGCCAUCUCUCUCCUCCGCCGACUCCGUCCUCUUUCCGCUGCUUCCGUCGUCUCCCGCCGUGUCCUCCUUCUCCCUAACUCCUUCCGCUCUUUCUCCACACGCGCUACCACUUCCUCACUCAACGACCCUAACCCUAACUGGUCCAACCGUCCCCCAAAGGAAACCAUCUUGCUCGAUGGAUGCGAUUUCGAACACUGGCUUGUGGUUAUGGAGAAGCCUGAAGGUGAUCCCACAAGGGAUGAAAUUAUUGAUAGCUACAUCAAAACACUGGCGCAGGUUAUCGGUGGAAGUGAGGAAGAAGCAAGGAUGAAGAUAUAUUCUGUUUCAACUAGACACUACUUUGCUUUUGGAGCUCUUGUGUCUGAAGAGCUUUCCUACAAACUUAAAGAACUUCCCAAAGUUCGAUGGGUUCUACCUGAUUCAUAUUUGAAUGUGAAGGAGAAAGAUUAUGGAGGUGAGCCCUUUAUUAAUGGGCAAGCUGUUCCUUAUGAUCCCAAGUACCAUGAAGAGUGGGUUAGGAACAAUGCCCGUGCAAAUGAAAGGAACAGGCGCAAUGACAGACCUCGUAAUGCUGACAGGUCAAGAAACUUUGACAGAAGAAGGGAAAAUGUGGUGAACAGAGAUAUGCAGACUAGGCCUCCAGUGCAGAAUCCUGGGCCUAAUAUGGCUGGUCCACCUCACAAUGCGGGUGGAUUCCCUCCCAACAAUGCGGGUGGAUUUCCUCCCAACAAUGCUGGUGGAUUUCCUCCCAACAAUGCUGGUGGGUUCCCUCCCAACAAUGCAGGUGGAUUCACUCCUAACAAUGCUGGCGGGUACCCUCCUAACAAUGCUGGCGGAUAUGCUCCAGCCCCUCCUAGCAAUCAAGGUGGAUACGCCCCUCCAAAUGCAGGGUAUGCCCCUCCAAAUGCAGGCGGAUAUGCUCCUAACAACACAACUGGCGGUUACCCUCCUCCCAAUAUGGGUGGGCCUCCUCCUAACAUGGGCAGACCCCCUCCUCCUCCGAACAGUGGAUAUGGUAUGCCUCAAAAUAACUACCCUGGCAACAAUGGAGGCGUGCAACAAAAUCCGAACAUGGGAGGGUUGCCGCCAAAUGCAGGAUGGGGAAAUAAUCAGUAGACUCAUCAAAUAAAUUCAAUUGUCUAUGAUGUGUUCUGGAUACCCUCUCAGCAUGGUACACCAAACUGUGAGCUAGUUAUAAGCUUCUUAGCCAGCAUAGAUUGUGUAAAAAUGUAAUGAAUGGGGCCUUGACAUUUUGUACAAGAGUCUUGAUUUGAUCCACUUUUCUAUUCAAGUGUGUGACUUGAAAAA